UGCAACAGAUGCAUCUGAAAGCUGCUGCCUGUAUUUGGUGCUUUCACUGCAGUGCUGUGCAAAAGGAGAAUCAAAAUGGCUUCGCCAAUCAUCCUAUUGACUCAUGAUGGACACUCAAAGCUAUUUGCUUCUCUGUCUUCUGUAUACACAUAACGAAUCGCGAUGCCACUUUGAACGCCCGAUAUGGAUGUGACAGCUGCCACUUGUCGAGAAUAAUUCGCAUACUUCCUUGUAUGAUAGCAAAUACAGCCCCGGAGGCUUCUUGGGAAAGAUUGUAGUUUUGAAAUAAUGUAGUUAUUCAAUAUCAUCGAGACCCAGAUAGAUAUGUCAAUUUCUUGGGUGAUAUGAUAAUGCAAACUAUCGCCAAAAAUUUUGAAAUAUGGUGAUUUGUAAGGUGGUAAUGUUUAGAAUGACUUGCUAGUCAAAUGCAAAGAUGUGGUCGAUAAUUUCAUGUAAAUUAAUACUCAAUAAUUAAGAGAGCCUAUUUUGAACCAGAUGUUAAUGUUAAAACGUAUUUAGAAAGUGACCAAAUGGCAUAAAAAACUCUUGUACUGGAUCGGUGUAUGUUCAUGAUCAUUAUCAAAGAAAAAGUGAAUCAGAUAGAACUCAAUUUAAAAUCUAACAACACUUAUUUCAAAAUGGGCGAUCCACACAACAGGAAAAACCUAGCUGUUAGCCGUUUGCGGCAUCAACUGAGAAAGAAGAGGGAAUCUUUGGCAGAUCAUUUUGAAUUCAAGAUGUAUAUUGCCUUUCACUUCAAGGAAAAGAAAAAGAACUGUGCCUUGUUUGAAGUAGCUGAAGUGGUACCAGUUAUGACAAAUAACUAUGAAGAUAGUAUUCUCAAAGGAGUGAAGGAAGAAGCCUACACAUAUGAGAGUUCCAAAGAGCUUUUAGAGAAAGAUGUUGUACAAUUACAUGCACCAAGGUGGCAGUCCAUGAGAAGGGAUGUGCUGGGGUGCACUACAGAGAUGGACUUCUUUCUUUGGCCUCGUAGUGACAUAGACAAGAUAGAAUGUAUGCUGUUCUCCAAAUGGAAAGGAGAUGAAAGUCCCUUCAAACCUAUCCAGGCGGAGUUUAGAUUUGACCAUGCUGAUUAUGAGAAACAACUGAUGCGACUUCUGACUAAGAAAGAAAGAUCUGGCCUCAUCAUCAAUAAUCCAGCCCAGUCCAUGUUUCUCUUUAUUGACAAAAACCAACUUCAGACCAGCAAAAGUAAAGUGAUUGUGUUCAAGCUGUCCAGCAUCUGUUUGUACCUACCCCAGGAUCAGCUGACAUCCUGGGGACCAGGCACUGCAGAAGAGCUGCUGUCUCCCCUUAUGACUGAGCCACAGUCAGAACCGCAAGGGUGAUCAGGUCUUGCGUCAGGGUGGAGCUAGUGAAUAUAGGGCAAUUUACAUGGUUUAGUCUCUCCAACCCUUCACCAGAAACGAUAGCUGCUUUUGUUUUAGGAAUAGCAUAUAAAAACUGCAAAAUGUAAAUAAUUAUAGAACACAAAUUAUGUAGGUAUUUGAUUGAUUUACAUUAGUCUUGGUUACAGUUUUAUUUCAAAAUGCUCCUGUUUGCAGCUGUUUUGUGUGUAAUACUAUAUUCAUUCCAUUCACAGUUUGCUCAUUUUAAAUGCCUGCAGUAUUCUGUGCAGUGAAUGCUUCUAAAUCUUGUUUUCAAGGGAUAGUGAUCUCUUGCAACUGAUAUUUCCUUUUGCUUUUGUAACAGUUUUUACAUUCCUACAUUCAUUGCCAUUUCAUAAUUGUUCAAAUGUGGGAACCUUUGUGUAAAAUUUAAUUUCAUAAUCAUGUGGUACAUUUUUUAACAGUUAAGUUCAGCUUAUAUAAUUUGUUUGUGUUUUUGCUAGCUAUGAAAUUUAUUGCCAUAUCAGCUGUAAUUCUGUUUUUUACUAUGCUACAAGCAUUUUACUUCAGUUUCUUACAAUAAACAUAAAAAAUUGUUUAAAAUGAAAGUGUUGUUAAUAAUGACACUUUUUGACACUAUAAUGUGUUAACAGAUACUGUAUUGAGACAUGUUUGUCAAAUCCAUAUUUUCAUUUUGCCUAGCCAUCACCUCAAUAUUUCCAAUUGCUUUUGUUGUUUUUGUCCAACAUUAGUCACCUCUUUUCUUGGUUAAUUAUCAUAUAAAGCGAAAUCUUCACUGUCAAAGAGAUACGAGUCGUGAACUGGAGUUAGGGCAUCAGAAAAACAAGCUAUUAAAGCUAACUAGAUACUGCUGAAAAUGGAUGCUAGUCACAUGUAAUGAUGUACAUUCUCCAGUUGUUAUGAAAAGCAAGAAAAAGACAUUUAAUAUUGUCAGUUUUUCGAAUUAGGAAGCAAUUAAUUUUAAGUUUAUGUCAGAGGAAAUGAAAGUCACUCUCAUAGAUUUAAUAUGAAAAAAUGAAAUAUAUUGUAAUGUUUAAUGGUCACAGUUCUUUUGAAACUAUUUUUAUGAGGAGACCGACAUGUAGCUCUUUUGCUGGAUAUGCUUCACAUGAAAAAUAUUAAAACGACAGCCAAAACAACAUGAUAUUCCUUUUUUGCUAAGUUGAAAUAUUCUUUGUAAAGGCAUGCUUUUCAUAUUUGGUCUUCUAAUUGGAAUCCAUCAUAAUAAUCAUCAACACACGCUGUUUUGUGCUGGAAAUAAUCUUUUUACCCUCCUACAGUUCCAGCUGGAAAAAUUGUCAAAUUAUACCUGCAACAUAUGAGUUUUAACAAAGUGGUGUUUCCCAUUGAAAUUAUUUUGAAUUUUGGUUUACUGUAUGUUUAAAGCUUCCUAGUUAUUUGUGAUGAAAUGUCUUUAGGAAUGUAUGUGCUUCUCUGAAUGUGGUAUGGUAGGCAUCAGAUGUAUGAAUGUGUUACUGGAUGUACAAUCAGGAUGGUCAAUAGUGUAAAUAUAUGUGGUACUGGAUCUUGACAUUUAGUCAGCAGUAUGAAUGUGUGUACUGAAUGACCUGUGAAAUUACACUCAGGUUUGUAAAUAUGUUUGUUCGACUGGACAUUGUGCUGUUCUGACAGCAGUUUGUGUUUUCUAAUGGAUCGUGUAGAUGAAAUGGGCUGGGUAAAUGUUAUAUGUUGAGGAAUCUUUAUCAUACUGAAGUGCUAUUACUUGUGUGGGAUAAAUGUUUUUAUUUGGAAAAAAAAUGAUAGAAUUACCCUUCAUAUUUGAAGUGAAGAUUAUUGUCAGUUUUUUUAGAUAUCAACAUGAGUUCCCAUUUCUAUAGAAAAUGUGCAGAAUGCUUUUCUCUAUUUGACCUACUAGGACUGUAAUUUCUAAUUUCUGAAAUUUUCCUGAAUUGCUGAAAUUUGAAAUAAAGUAGAAUAGACAUCAUGCAUUUACAUUUGAACUUGGGAUGGUAUUUUUAGAAUGGUAUUCUUUUGUUCUUAUAUUGGUCAUGAAUAUGUACUGCAAUUAAGCAUCAGCCUAAUGAAAACCUGUGAAAGAAUGCUGCAUCUUGUAAAGAUCAGCAUAUCAUGACCCUAAAAUUCAGAUAUUGGAAGUAUAUAGUAGGUAACUUCAAAAUUUAUUUUCUUAAAAUAUUCUCAUGCUUUUGAGCUUGUUGGAUAACAAAUGGGAUUAGUAUGUUCGUUUUAAUUUCAACGGAAAGCAAAACCCAUGGUGUCCCAUUUUGAUUUAGGAUGAUCAUUUUGUAAAAAUCCAUUUUUGUUAAUUGACAAACUCAAAAGUAUAAAUAUAAAAGUUUCAGCAUUGGUCUCUGGGAUGGAGCUAGGUAUUUAUGUUACAAACAGAUCUGCAUCAUUUGGCAAAAUUAUUUUGGAAAGCUUGAGAGUCAAAACUUUACAAAUGAAUGUAUCUCAGUUUAAUUGUACGAAAAUGUUAUUUGCCGAAGUUAACAUGUUGAUCUUAUGAAAUAAUUUGAAAAAUAAAGAUGUUGACUACCAAAACAAA